AUGUAUGUCGAAAAUGUGAACUGCUACUUGUAUGCGUUUUAUUACAGCAAAACAAUAAGAGAAGUAGUGGAUAGAUAUAGGAUCUGUAACAAAGAAAUAGAGCCCGGUCUAGAACCUAUAACAGAAUCACCGAACUAUGAAAUUGCACAAGCUAUGUACUGUUUCGCGAUACCCACAGCGACAAACAGUCUUGCAAACUGCACAGCAUUCAUUAUAAUAUUAUUCGGUUACACUGAAGCAUCUCUUCUAUCACUAAGUGAAGAAUUACUCAACAUAUGGAACGACGCCGAAACAUUUUACAAGGGAGGAAUGUACGAAAAUUCCAAGUCGAAAAUCAUGAACGAAUUCGUGAAACAGCGCUUAAAAUUCAUCAUAAAACUCCACAACGAAAACAUAAUUCUGUUAAAGCAGCUAGAGAACGUACUACGUGUUAGCAUGGCGUUGGAAUUCCUAGUGCUCAUGGCAGGCGUAAUCGCCGCGCUAUUGGGAGGUAUCGAGAACACGUAUUUGGAAAUUCCGUUCGCGUUCGCUCAGCUUUUCAUGAACUGCUAUUUGGGGCAAAAGAUAAUUAACGCUAGCAACACCUUUGAGAGUGCGGUGUACGGUUGCAAGUGGGAAAACUUCGAUACUGCGAAUAUGCGAACGGUGCUUAUAGUGCUGCAGAACUCGCAGAAGAAAUUGCAUCUUUCCGCCGGCGGGGUUGCCGUGUUGAGUUUUGAAUGCCUGAUGUCUGUGGUUAAGUCUUGCUAUUCGUUUUAUACGACUUUGCAAUCAACGCUCAAAUGA